UUUUGCGGCCAUACAACGGAUGAAAACAAAAAAAAAACACACUUGAAUAGUUCAGAAGAAACACCCAAAAUUGAAGAUCGAAAUGAAUUAAGACAGGAGAGACAAGAGUUUUCUUCCAUGAUUAGUGAGAGAGAGAGAAAGAAGGUUUCUUAGAUCACUGUAUGAACAAAAGAAGAAAAGGUAAUAUUAAUAAUAACUUUUAGGUUGGGAAGAGGCGGUUUAAAGAAAUGAAGAGUAAAGGAGGGGAAGAGGAGGAAGAUGGAGGAGGAGAGGAAGAAGGGCAAAAAGGGAAAACCUUUAUAGAAAAGUUAAGGAGAAGAGCCGUUUCUGUAGGCCAUAGAAGUGUCUUUCGGCCACCCUCCACCCCAACGCGCAUUAGCUUCAACCCUAAUUACCACCCUCCUUCUUCCUCUAGAAAGCUUGCAGCUUCUCUCUGGGAAUUUUAUCAGUACUUCGACCAAGACCGCGAGAUCUCUCCUGUAGCUAAAAUGCACCGACCUCCGUACAGUUCUGGCGGUGAUCCUAGUAACCGCCGUCCUCGUCACGGCCAUGGAAAGACGGCGGUUAGAGACAAUGGUCUUGACCUCACUGAUGACCAGCCAGAGAGUGCGGGAAGUAUAAGGAAACAGAUCGGUCAAAUGCUUAUGAAACAUCAUCAAAGAAACCAGCCCUUAUCUCCUGCCAGCUCCCUCGAGGUGGCUCCAUAUAACGGAGGAGCAAUAACUCCCGGAAGCUCACUGGAUCUUCACGGAAGAAGAAGACGAGCUGGUGAGCCUAAUCACAACAACAAUCUCAAGACAUCAACCGAACUUCUCAAAGUACUGAACCGGAUCUGGACCCUGGAGGAGCAGCAUUCCGCUAACAUCUCCUUGAUAAAAUCUCUGAAAAGCGAGCUCGCUCAUUCACGCGCCAGGAUCAAAGAGCUUCUCCGCUGCCAGCAAGCCGACAGACGCGAGAUGGACGAGUUGGUGAAGCAGCUGGCGGAAGAGAAGCUAUCGAACGACACGACGAAAGAACGGGACAGGUUAAGCUCCGCGGUUCAGCAGCUAGAAGAGGAGCGGAGACUGAGGAGACGGUCCGAGAGUCUGCAGAGGAAACUCGCGCGGGAGCUCUCCGAGGCGAAGUCUGCGUUGUCCAGCUGCGUGGAGGAGAUGGAGAGAGGGGGUAAGUGGAGGAAGAUGAUGGAGAGGCUGUGCGACGAGUUCGCGAGAGGGAUCAAGAGGUACGAGAGGGAGGUUCAUGGUUUGAAGCAGAAGGUGGAUAAGAGUUGUUGGGAAGGUUGUUGGGGUGAGGAAGAUCAGAUGGUUCUUUGUAUAGCGGAGACUUGGCUUGACGAGAGGAUUCAGAGCGGUGGUGAGGAAGGGUCCGUGGUGGAGAAGCUAGAGGUUGAGAUAGAAGCGUUUCUCAAGAGUAAGGAGAAGUUGCCUAAGAAUCAACGUAGGAGUUCACUUGAGUCGGCUCCGUUUAACGCCAUGAGCGCGCCGAUUCAGGAAGUGGAGAGUGAGGAGGAGGAAGAAGAGUCGAAUUGCUUUGAGCUCAAGAAACAUGUGAGUGAUGGAGGUGUGGAACCCUCGAGUUUACAGGUGAAGUUCGAGGAUCAGAUGGCGUGGGCCAUGUCUAAUAACGAGAAGAAGAAGAAGUGUGGAGCUACUGAAGAAAGGAACAAUAAUGGGGUUGGAGAAAUGAUUAGAAGUCAUCGGAGGUUAGUGUCGGAAACUCAAGGGAUGGAUGAGGGUUCUUGCAGUUACCUACCACCACCAAGUAGUAGUAGGAGAGCAGAGAGUCCGAUUCGGCAUUGGAAUCCGAGAGCCAUGACAUCUGAUCUAACAGCAACAGCACAAGGAGGGAAGAAAGACAACACUCUGAAAGCUAAACUAAGCGAAGCGAGAACCAAGAGUUCCCGGCCACGGAUUCGGCUUUUCAAGGGUUAAAGAAGAACCUGUCUAGGAAAAAGAGUUCACAAUGUCGAUGGAAGAUUCUGAGAGAAAUAGACACUAGUCUGAUGGGUUACAUUCCAUGUUCUGGAUAUGUUACAAAUCUGUAAAUUGUUUGUAACUAUGUAAUAUCAUAUUUCUUUUUCUCUGAAAUUCGGUUUC